UCUGUCAGUUUACUUGAGCUCGCGAAACGGCUCGGCUGCGCCGGUCAGAGAGCAGAAAACAGACUUUACAUGGAGUGACAAGGGCACCAAAAAGCAUUAACCACCUCAGACUGCCUUAAACGUACGUUUAAAGUGUUUAUGUCGAGUUUUGUGUCAUUUCCCGGCGAACGAAAUGUCUCAGAGAGUUCGCAAAACCGCAUCUCCGACGUCUAACUGCAGCGGAGCGAGCGCAGGAAGCCCGAGCGGAUCCCCGGGGAUCAGCGCCGCUGGAGUGAGUUUACUGGGUCGCCUGCUGCCCAUGAAAGCCACGGUUCCCUUCCAGCUGAAAACGCAGACACAGCACCCUCUACAGUCACGGACAGCCCUCUCCUCCACCGGUAACGGUAAAUGCCACAGCAGCGGAACCCGCAGCCGGAGCCCCACGCGAUCCCUCUCCUCCUCUUCUGCGGCCACGUCCACUUCCUCUGCGACGUGCUCACAGUUCAUCGCUGUUUCCUCCGCUCCCUCCUCAUCCUCUUCUUCACCAUCUUCAUCCUCAUCAAGAACUAGUCCAAUUAUCGCUGUGCACGCGUCAAACCCCAGAGCGUCCCACGCGCAGGUACCUGUACCAUCCUCGUCAUCAUCACCCUACACAGGUGCGCACAUGACCCCCCAGUGCUGCAGCUCGGACACUUCAGCCCUUACCUCUAAUUUAUCAGCCUCUCCGUCUCAGUCCUCGUCGCUGUGGUCGUGCGGUCACAGGGCCAGACCCCUCCAGACCCCUGAACAUGACAGACUGUCUCCGGAGAGGCUCAGCCCCAGCUCACCUGUCUGCACAGACAAGCAUAGACUUCCUGUGGCAGGGUCUUGGUGUACCACCAGCAAUAACGGUAGCAUUCGUCGCACCUCUUCUUUGGACACGCUGACAGCCCCUUACCUGUCUGGACACUGGCCCCGGGACGCCAACCACGCCCCUUGUGCCCCUUGCAUGAGGGACAAAUCCACCCAGACCCCCAGCGCCUGGGCCGAUGAAUGCGAAGAGAAGAAGAGGGGCUGUCACAAGCGCUCAGCCUCCUGCGGCAGCACUGACCAACUAAAAGAGAUUGUGAAGCUGAGGCAGCAGCUCCAGCGCAGUAAACACAGCAGCCGUCACCAUCGUGACAAGGAACGCAAAUCUCCCUUCAAUGGCAACCAUGCUGUUUUCAGCCAAUCACAGGCUCCUAUUCCAAAGAACGUCCUGAUCUCUAUUCCCAUCUCCAAGUCCUCCGUCUCUCGUUUCCGGAACAGCGUGGAGGGGCUGAAUCAGGAGAUCGAGCGCAUCAUUAUCCGAGACACAGGCGACAGAGAGGACCAGCUUAUUCCUCAGGAGGCUCCGGAUGGGCAUCGGGCUCCUCCCCCUCUCUGCCAACGCAGCGCCAGCUCCCGCAGCAUUGACACACAGACACCCCUGGGCACCGCAGCGGGCAGUAACCACAGCAACAGCAGCAGCCGCUCUCAGUCCAUCUCACCCACGUUCCUGAACGUGCCAAGUGAGCCCUGCAGCGAUAGUCCAUCUCCCCACGAGGACGAGACUCUGGCUGACGGCCGUGAGAAAGAUCUGGGCCCCAGCUCACCCCUACCCAAAUACGCCUCAUCCCCGAAGCCAAACAACAGCUACAUGUUCAAACGCGAGCCGCCUGAGGGCUGUGAGCGAGUCAAGGUCUUCACAGAGGAAACACAGGCCAGGCCUCCGCGGGAGAUCCCACAGUUCCUGUGCCCAGAUAGGAACAAGGUCAAUUUCAUCCCCAAGAGCGGCUCUGCCUUCUGCCUGGUCAGCAUUCCCAAACCGCUGAUGCCCACACAGGAGCUCAACAACCUCAAGAACCAGAGCGCCGCCCGUCUCACGCCCGAACCCGAGCCGAGAGUCUCUCGAAGAACCUGCAUGCUUUCCCAGCAGCCCUCAGGCUCCUCCCCCUCCCCCUGUCUGUCAGAGAGUUAGACACGCCCCUCAACCAGCAUCCCAGCAACUGCGUCCGCAUACCCUGCACAUUUCAAUAAUCAAACAUGAUUCAAAAAAUAAUAAGUGACUCUUAGAGAGCAAAGCGGUUAUUAAUAAUAGCGUAAGUUGGGUGCGAAGAUGAAACGGUUGCCUUUGCUAUGCACAUUUUUAGCUUUGUGCUUGUUCUCAAAGAACAAAGGCCAUUUUUGGGGGGUUUUAGGUUUUUGAUAAACAUAUAUAGCUUUUUAUUAUUCCUCUACCUUUGAUAGAUAACGAGUGAACCUGAGAACGUGUCUCAGAUCGCUAUGAAAAUUAAUCUAAAUGAUCUUUCUCAGUACCGAGGUGGCUGCAUGGAUCUGUUUUUGUGAGACACAGUGUAUAUUUUAUAAUAUUUUGCAGUGGAUCGUAUCAUUGAAUACAAAUGAUGCCAUUUCAUAUGAGACCAAGAGACCUGGUAGAGUGAAUUCUGGGUUGACGAAGGUCUCCGGGACUGAAUCGUUUUCACAGCAGCAGGCCUUCUCCGCUCAGUCCUGACAGAAGCAGCAGGGGAACAGUUCUCUGCUUUUUCUCCUCUUCCUUUCUCACUGGUGGCGAGGAGACGGAAAGGUGCUAAAGAUAAGACUAGCGAGUGUGAGAGAGAACGCCGCUUAACGGCUACAGGACGAGUGGCCUGUAAACCCCAUUCUUUUGUUUGCAUAGUUGUAAAAUGCGUUUCAAAUGCAUAUGGGUUCAAGCUCUGAACUUCAAACCCAGCAGGGAACAAAGUGAGAGAGCGAGAGGAGGGCAAGACAGGAUCUGGGCGGACAGACGAGAUGUUUUCUCACCUCUCGCAAUGAUCAAGCCGAUUUAGCUCGAGGAAUGUUUGAAAGAAGGACACGACAAGUACAAAAUCAACUGCGAAACUGUAACGCAUAAAUGUCCAGGUAGUUCACAAUUCAGAUGUCUAUCAAAACAUUCAUGGAAUGUUUUUCUGUGAUAUCCAAUGAAAUAGUUUACAAAGUCAGAGCACAAUGUUGUCAUUAGAUUGAUUUAAUGCAUGCAUGCUGGGAAACUUCAGUCUGUGUGUGUGUGUGUGUGUGUGUGUGUGUGUGUAUCACUAGAUUCAAGCAAUUAAAAACAGCACAGAUUUUCUCUCCGUUUCAGUGUCUAAAUGCCAUUUUCAUCAUAGAGCAGACUUUUCCAGAUCUUCCUUAUUGAGCAUCUAGGCUGAUUUCCUAUGCUGUAGUUGUUUUUAUCGUUAUUUUGUAUGAAAUCAAGUAGUGUCUGAUGAAAGAUUGUCAUUUUAUGCAGCUCACUCAAGUGCUUCUGUAGAUUUGGCCAAAGAGAACAUUUCCUGUUGCUCAGUGAUGUCACUGUAGAUGGAGAAUGAUGAUAUUAUAAGGCGAUUUAAAGGAACAGUUCACCCAAAAUUGUAUGAUUUCCCAUCUUCUGUUGAACAUAUAAGAAGAUGUUUUCAGCACCAAACCUGUUUAUUUCCCAACAUUUUUUAAAACAUAUUAUUUUGUGUUCCACACAAGAAUGUCACACAUGUUAGUAAUGACAUGAGUGUGAGUAAAUGAUGACAGAAUGCUCAUUUUUGACUGAACUAUCGCUUUAAUGGGCAAUAACAGUACUAACUGAACGAUGUGUCAUUGACUUCCAAGAGUAAUUUAGGAUUUUCAGCUUAAAGCUCAGAAGUGCUGUGGGAAGGUUGUCACGGAUGGUCCGCUUGCAGUGCGUUUAUGUGCAGGGUGGGGUUCCUCACAGUUUUUAGCAGAGUUCCUGUUUUUGCUUGUUCACUCUUGUAGUUAUGGUAUUGUUUUGAGCUUUAAACAACAUACAACAUGAACACUUUAGCCCUUUUAUACCAGCAUUGUGAAUCAGUACAGGACCUCUGUUUGAGAACUGAAAUAAUCUCACAGCCUGUGAUUGCUAUCGUAGAUCAGUACUCAGGAAUGUAAAAGCAGCAAGCUCUUCUGGCAACGGCACAAGAAUCCAAACCAUUCUUGCUCAAAAACAAAUUGAUAACAUUUUAUCAAGCGCUUUGUAUAUCUCCUUAGGAUAUGUAUUGAAGUAGAGAACUCUCACGCUGUAGGGCCAAUAUUAAUAUACUUUUAUAUGGGUAGUGGUCUACUCUUUGUAAUUAGAGCCGAAUGUGAGUCAGAUAUAAAUAAUACAAAUGUACAACUUCUUAACGCGGGGACAGUGAUGUAUGAUGGGAUACUGUGUUGGAUGCUGUCUGUCUCAGUGGAUGUUUAUCCACGUUCACCAGUCUCUUGUGUUGUUACGUGUGUAUGGAAAUCAACAGAAUAAAGUUGCACUCGCUCCAAA